GGCUAAUCAGUUUGCUACGCAAAACCAUCCGAAUCACGCUCCCGUAUAAGAGAUUGCUCGGUUCUGUAAACCACAUCGUUCUUAUUAGGAAAUAAACUAAACAUUCGUAAUAGUCGUAAUGGAUCGCUGGCAAAAUCGCGUUGCUGUCGUCACCGGAGCCAGCUCGGGGAUUGGAGCCGCAUGCUGCAGGGAUCUGGUGGCCAAGGGCAUGGUCGUGGUGGGUCUGGCUCGCCGUGAGGAGCGGCUGAAGGAACUGAAGGCAGCGCUGCCGUCCGAGCAGGCCGCCCGCUUCCAUGGCCGCAAGUGUGACGUCAGCCAGGAACAGGACGUUGUCGACACCUUCGCCUGGAUCGAUGCCACGUUGGGUGGAGCCGACGUUCUCGUGAACAAUGCCGGCAUCUUGAGGCAGGCGGCGGAUAUCGUUAAGGAGGGCAACGGCCCCGAUCUGAGGGCCAUCCUCGACACCAAUGUGCUGGGCGUGGCCUGGUGCACGCGCGAGGCCUUCCGCUCUCAGCAGCGGCGCAAUGUCCUCGACGGACACGUGGUGAUCAUCAACAGCGUGCUCGGGCACCGUACACCGGUCACGAGCUUCAGCCUGGGCAUGUAUGCCCCCUCCAAGCAUGCCGUGACUGCCCUGACCGAGGUGCUGCGCCAGGAGUUCCUCAACAAGAAGACCCAGACCAAGAUCACAAGCGUGAGUCCCGGCGCCGUCGAUACGGAGAUUCUCGACAAGAGGGUCCUCGAACUAAUGCCCGGUCUGCCCAUGCUGCGCUCAGAGGACAUUGCCGAUGCCGUCUCCUACUGCAUUCAGACACCACCCAAUGUCCAGAUCCACGAGAUGAUCAUCAAGCCCAUUGGAGAGUCCGUAUAAGGUCUCUGGCACCCAUCUACGUGUAUGCAAUCCUGAUAUUAAACAAACCUAAGUUUCGAUUACGUUCUGAGAGAUAACUGAUAUGCUUAGAUCCGAUCUAGAAGCUCCGCCCUCAUCUGAGUUCAAGGGCAGUAUAUUUUGUAGAUAAAAGCGAAUAAGUCUCCCUCAGCAGACUUCUUAGAGAGGCAUCUUUCUACCAAUUUUACUAAAUACGCCUAUAAUUUGACCGCCUUUAUUAACACCUGCAGUCUCACUGUUCUAGAGCCAGUUCAGAGAAAAUGUAUUGCUUGGAAAUAAUUUCUAUGUUCAUUGAGAUAAGAUCGUACGAUUAUUCGCUGUUCCCCAGGCCAAGGUCGGCAAAUCAAACUUUAGUUUGUAAUUAAUUCUAUACGAGUACGAGUAUGUGUAUAGUUUUGGUGAUAAGAGCCGAGUAAAUUCUGUGGAUAUGCGACAGC